UGAUUUAGUAAUUCUGACUUUCAUCUGAUUCUAAUUUUUCUUUAAUAACAUAUUUAACACCAAUCAAAGUAAAAACAUUGCACUCCUCCUGCUUAAACGUUCAUUGGUCUUCAGAUAUUUAGCUCUGCAAACGCUGGGUUUUCAUUUGUGUUGAUAACGUGACCUGUUGGAGUAAACAGAAAAAUCGCCUGAUUUCAGACUUGGUUGAUUUCUUGGUGCAUUUCUACUUGAUCUGGACGUUUCUUAAAGGGAACCAGAUUAAUUACAUUGAAUAGAAAUGCAGCAGUCAGGCUUUUACCAAACAACACAAAAGACUUUCUUUUAAGGGAUUAUUAUAUAUAAAAACCAUUUAUGUAAUCAUUAACAGUUCAACCAAAGACUGUACAUCUGACAGGGAUUUACUUUGUAUUGUGUAGUUUGAAACCUAGAGGUUUGAUGCUCUGCAGUGACAGAGGCGGCGACAUUAUCUUCAGUCCAUCUCAUCGUUUCUGUCAUGUUACAACAUUAUGUCGCCACAUAAUGUUGAUUUCUAAAUCGCUUGCAGUUUACCAUGAAAUUAUUUCACCAGAUUUGGUUUUAUAUUGGGGUUUUCUACCUUUUCUUUUUUUUUUUUAAAGUUUGCUCUUACAAACCACACUUGUGGCUCUGAGGUUUAGCUUUACAACUACGUUAGAUAUAUUCACUCUAUUAAUGAAGAUUUCAGCAUUUUUCUACCUGAUUUAAUGAUGUGGUGUUUUUUGUUUUUGUCAUUUUUCCGGCCAAAUUGAGCUUAGUGAAGUCUUUUUAUGUAUACACUAUUUUUUGAUGAGUCAUUUUAUAGAUUUUAACAUGAACAGAAAUGGGGAGCAAAAGACUAAAGAGAGAUAAAUGAACUAAUGAACCAAGUAAACAUUGAGUGAAUUUUUUUUUGUUCCUGUGUGAUUUUGUUUGAUAUAAUAUUAAAACUUUGUGUUUUAAUUACCAGUUUACAAGAAUUUUGUUGUCCUUGUUUUGCACCAAAUGAUUUCUCAUAAAGUUCAGACCUGGAUUGUUUACAUCUUUAACUCCCACAAAGUCUGAUCUGCCAAAUGGGACAGAAACCUUAAAUGAAAUGGAUAUAUCUGGAGUCUUGUUAUAUUAUGCCAUAUAAAUUCAGUAAAACAGAAACGUAUGUAUUUUCCUGUUUUUCUAAGACAUUCCAGUCACAAGUUACUGACCAUCACACGAGAAAAAUACUAAAACUAAGUAGAAAUCAGGAACACAUGCAUUUAUUUGCUCUGUAACCCAGAAGUGAGGGUAUUUUGGAGCUGGACAAGUGAGGAGAAGACUUGCUUUUCUCUGAAGCUGCUGAUAACAAGUCAACCAAACCAACUAGGCUGCUAAACAUUCACCUACUUCUGCUGGGCAAUGUGCUCUUCUAAUACAGCUUCACAUGGCUCUGCUAAGCAUCUUUAACUCAAAUACCGGCCCGACUACUUGACUUUAACUGUCUGUCCUGAGCUCUUGGCUGUUCUCUAUAGUAACUUUUUUACCGUUUUUUUUUAGUUUCUUGUACAGUAGAGAUGCCUUCUUUUGUGUAUUUAACCCCUCUGUUUUUCCAAAUUGCAUGAGGGUACCCAUUGCCCCUGCAUUGCUCCCAGCAAUACUAAUAUUGCUCCCUUCAGAGUAAUCAGGGAGAGCCCUGCUGGGUGUGGAUGACUAAUUGGCCCAGGUUCAUCGCCACCACUACUUCUUCUCAGAUCGUGUCUUUAUAUCCUGCAGAAUGCCUCCAGAGGAGCUGCAAGAUCUCCCAGAGGCAGCAUCAAUGGAGAUGGAAGUGCUUCUCCUCAGAAGGAGGAGUCGCAGUCAUUUGCGCAGAAGCUACAGCUGAAAGUUCCCUCAAUGGAGUCGUUGAUUCGUGGCGGCGCCAGUCGGGCGGAAAAUCUGUUCCGCUCCUCGUCUAAAGAAAACCUAGUUCGGAGCUCCUCCCGCGAAUCGCUGACACCUUUAGGAGAAAAUGAGCCGUCUGGGCCCCCCGCGUUUGACCCGCCCUCCGACAUCGAGAGCGAAGCUGAGGAGCCGCCAGGAACCUCGGAGGCUCUUUCUAAAGAGCAGCUGGUGCAUCGAUUGCUUCAGGUGGAGAGGAGUUUGGGAAAGUACAGAGGGAAAUACUCGGAGCUUGUUACUGCGUAUCGCACUGUGCAGCGGGAAAAAGAGAAAACACAGGCCAUCCUCAGUCAGAGUCAAGAUAAAUCUCUGCGCAGGAUAGGAGAGCUUCGUGAGGAGCUUCAAAUGGACCAGCAGGCCAAGAAACACCUGCAAGAUGAGUUUGAUGCUGCGCUGGAAGAGAAGGACCAGAUGAUCACUGUCCUGCAAACACAGGUUGCCUUGUUGAAAAAGCGAGUAAAGGGAGUUUCUGAUGGUCCGCUGCCCUCUGAGGGUGAAGCCUUUCAGCCUGAAGCGUCUUCAGAUUCUACUGCUGCAGCUCAGAGUCCAUUGAAAGAACAAGGACUGGAACCGGAGAUACCUGAGGUAGAGGGCAACAAUGAUCCAACCAAACUCAUGGAGGCUCUCCAGAAGAGGGUAAAGAGGCAAGAAAACCUGCUGCAGAAGUGCAAAGAAGUGAUGCGCACACACAAGGAGCGGAGCGUGCAGCUGAGCAGCGAGAACGAGGCUCUGCAGGAGCAGCUCCAGGAGAGACUUCAGGAGCUGGAGAAAAUGAAGGAUCUGCACAUGACAGAAAAGACGAAGUUGAUCACUCAGCUGCGGGAUGCCAAGAAUCUCAUUGAGCAACUGGAGCAGGACAAGGGAAUGGUCAUCGCUGAAACCAAGCGGCAGAUGCAUGAGACUCUUGAAAUGAAAGAAGAGGAGGUCGCACAGUUGCGCUCCAGACUCCAGCAGGCUGUCGCCCAGAAGGAAGAAUUACAAGAGCAGAAAGAAAAGGCUGAGAAAUCAGCAUUUGAAGAGCUCGAACGCGCUCUCGGGGUGGCGCAGAGGGCCGAGGAGGCCAGGAAACAGCUGCAGGUCCAGCUGGAGGAGCAAGUAGCAGAAGUGGAGAAAGCGAGCGAGGAGGAGAGGAAGAGUCUUCAGCAGGAGCUCACCAGAGUGAAACAGGAAGUCGUCACCAUCAUGAAGAAAUCGUCAGAAGAAACUGUGGCUAGUUUGGAAAAAGCCCACAGUGAAGCUUUAGCUGCUAAAGAAGAAGAAAUAAAGGAAAGAAUCAGCAAAGCAGUGGAGCAAUGCAAAGAUGAGUUUCAGCAGUCGGCAAAGGAACGAGAGCAGCAGGCGUCUCUGGCUCUGGAGGACGCAGAGUUGCAGAAGACGGCUAUAAGGACAGAAGCCGACAAUAAAGUGAAAGAGAUGCAGCUGGAGCUGGAGGCUGCAAGGACAAGGAUUUUGGAGAUGGAGAGCUCCAUGAACAAGACCUCACAAGACGAAUCCAGUUUAUCUCAAGAUCUUUCCAGUCAGCUGGAGGAGCAGAAGAAUAACCACGAAGAGCAAAUCGCUGCACUAGAAGCAAAACACCAAGAGGAGAUGGAAAAGGACAAGGAGGAAGUCGAGGAGAAACACAGAGUGGAAAUGGAGACUCUGCUGAAAGAAAAAGAGCUGCAGUUCCAGAGUCACGUUGAAGACAUGAACCAGAAAACGUUGGAGAAACUGGAUGGGAAGCAGGCAGAGCUGGAGGCGCUUUCUGCUGAACUUUCUGAGGUUUUAAGCAGCAGGCAGAUUCUGGAGGAGAAACUGGCAGCAGCUGAGGAGACUGCGAAGGUAGCUCAACAAGAAUGUGAGCAAAAGCUGCAGGAUCAGGUAUCAAAGCACAGAGUUGAGCUCGAAAAUAUCAAACUUGAGCAUGAGCAGUCUCUUGGAGGUGUAGAAAAAACAUUGAAGCAGGAGCUUAAUGCACUAAAAAUUGUUCUGAAGGAAAAGGAGAAAGAGGUUGAAGACGCUCUUCUUAAAGAGAAAACCGUACAGGAGAAGGCACAUUCCACUGCACAAAACCUGGAAAUCAAGAUUAGAGAAGUUGAAGAGCUGCAGCAGAGUUUAUUGCAAACUCAGCAAGACAUUAUGAGCUUAAAGGAAUCUAGCACUCAGUUAAGCACCACGUCAGAGGAUUUGGACCAAUGCAGGAAGAGUUUGACAGAUCUGAACAAUCAGCUGGAAGUAGCAAACAACCAAUGUCAGGAAAAAGAGAAGAUGCUCCAAGAAAUGAGGAUCCAGUUGGAAGAAACCAAGCAGGAGCUCUUAGAGAAGGAGAAGGUGUAUGUAGCAGAACAGGGAAAAAAUCAAGAGGAGCAAAAGUGCCUUAAGAAACAGCUGGACGAUGAGAAAGCAGCUCAUGAAAUCCAACUAAAGAAUACUAUAUCCGAGAUGGAAGCAAAGGUGAAAAAACAGGAAACAAAGAUGGAGAAGUUCAAGCAGAAGGCCAAAGAAAUGCAGGAGAGCUUUAAGAAAAAGCUACAACAGAAUGAAGAAAAUAUGAAGAAGGAACUUGCAAAAAAAGAGGCAGAGCUUCAGCAGAAAGAGCAGCAAGUCCAAGAGAAAAUUGUAGAGAUGGCUCAGAAGAGUUCUCAGGGCCUCAGCAGUGCUGUGUCAGAACUGCAGGAAAACCAUAAGAAGGAGCUAGAGAAGCUGCUCACAACCCGAACGGAAGAGAUGGAGGCGCUGGAGCAUCGCUGGCAGGAGAAGCUGGCACAACAGGAGGAAGAACUGACAGAGAAACAAUCAGCCAUCCUCCAGGAGAAAGCUCAGGAACUGGAGGAAACGUCUCAGCAGCUCAGCAGAAGCCGGGACGAGAACCAGCGAGCGUCUCAAGAAUUAAAGGACCUAAAGGAGGACCUGGCGAUUCGGGAAACCACUGUGCAGAAGCUGCAGGAAGAGCUGAAUGAAGCAGCCGUUAAACUUGAAGGUUUGUCUCGGGGAGAAGCGUUGCUGAAGGAGCAAAUGGAGUCGACGGAGAGGAACCUGAACCAGGCUCUAAACGAGAGAAACGCCCUUCAAGACCAGCUAAAGACUGCAGAGGAAGAAAGCAGAGUGAGCAUGAAGACUCUGUCGGAAAAGUUGAACGAAGCGUCGAAGCAGCUUGAAGCAGUGGAAAGCUCCAGAAUGACAGACGCUAAAGAUCUGGAGAGCAAAAUUGAGCAAACGUCCACACAACUACAAGCCAAGGAAGCUGAAUUCCAGCAACAAUUAGAUCUAAUCCUCGACAAAAUGGAGCGCUACUGUAAGGAGGUUCAGUCUAAAGUGGAGUCUUCCUCUGAUGAACUCCAACAACGCGUCGAAUGUCGCGUGAAAGAGCUGAACGGUAGACUGCUGUGUAGUCAGGAGAAGGUGGGGCGCUUACAGAGCAUUUUCCACACCAAGUUGGGGAGAAUUUGCACUUUAGAGGAGAAUCUCCUCCAGCACACAGAGGAGAACAAGAAUCUAUGCAUUUCAUUAGAACAGACGACUGCUCAGGUAGAUGUUCACAUGGAGCAUAUCAAAGCCUUAACACAAGAGAGGGAGAACAGCUCUCUUUCAAUCAGCGAACAGCUUCAGAAAAUACAGGAGCUGAACGAAACCAACAGAAUCAUGUCGGAAGGUUUGAAAGCCAAUGAGCUUCUUGUCGCCGACUUGAAAAAUCAGCUUGUAAGUAGCAUGGAAGACAAGGAGGAAGCCAUAAAUAAGCUGAAGCAGCAGCACGAAGAGGAGAGACGAGAGGCAAUGGAGAGGUUGGAGCAGGAGAGGAAGCAGGCCGAGGCGAAGGUCAACCAGGACGACGACACGAUUAAAUCUCUGCAGAAGAGGCUGGAAGAGCUGGUGAAGGAAAUCUCGGAGAAGAACGAAUCUCUGCAGACGUUGGCGGCGAGCGUCGACAAUCAGUCCAUCAGCAAGUCCGAGAUGGACCAGGUGCUGAGUGAAAAAGAGCAGAAAGUCAGCGACCUCGCCUCGGAGCUCGACGGCUGCAUCGGCCGACUCUCGGAGCUGCAGGAGCGCUUCGAGGGGAAGACGAAAGAGUGCGAGCGUCUUGCCUCGGAGCUGAAGCGGCAGCAGAUCAGCAGCGAGAUCCAAAAGAAAGAGCUGGUGGAGCAGCUGCAGCAGGUCCAGAUGCAGCGCGAUCAGAGCGGUAAUGUGGAACAAGAGCUGGGGGAAAAGCUGAGCUCCCUCCAGGAGGAGAACACGAAGUGUAAACUCGCGCUUGAAAGUCAAAGGGAGGAAUUUGAAAGGAUGAAAGACGAGAUUAACAAGAGCAAAGAGGAGAGUCUCAAAGCGACUGAAGAGAGGUUAUCUGCAGAGAGCACUCGGAAGAUAUCGGAGCUGAAGAAGAAAGCUGAGCAGAAAAUUAGUCAGAUUCGAAAACAGCUGACGGCUCAGCUCGAGGAAAAAGAGGAGACGGUUAAAUCUCUCCAGAGUAGCCUGGAGGAAAACGGGAGCAGCGAAACUUUGUGCAAAAAGCAAAUGGAGACAUUAGAGGAGAAAACAAAAUCGCUCGAAGAAGCUCUUGUGAAGCUUAAAGAGGACCAGAACAAGCUGGAGCAGAUUGUGAGUAAUGAGAGGCUGGAGAAAGAAAGAUGCCUAGAAGAGCAGAGAGUCGCAUAUGAAGACAAGCUGAUGUCUCUCCAGAAGGAGGCGGCGCAACAAGUGGAGCUCCGAGAAACUGAAACAGCGCUGCAAGAACUCCAGGCAAGGCUAAAGGAAGUAGAGGAGCAAAACGAAAACCUCCUCUCAGAAAUAAACCGUCUGAAAGCAGAAAUCAGCGAAAAAGAUGCCCAGCUCACUCAGAGACCAAUGACUCCUCCGAACAAGGUGCAGCAUUCGUCAGAACAACUGGAGGUGAAGGUGGAGCGUAGCAGCGCGCAGCAAACUAUGAGUGUGAUGGAAAACGAGGUGGCAAAUCACUCUCCUAUGCAAGAAGCAGAGGACGUCGAUGAUGACUCUUUGCAAACUCUUAAAGACAAAGUGAGCCAGAUGAAGAGUGAGAAGGAGAAGAUCCACAAGGAUUUCACCAGGCUGCAGAAAGACAUGAGGCAGCUGAGGAAGGAGCACGAACAUGACCUGGAAUAUGUGAAGAAAGAGCUGCUGGAGGAGAACGAGAAAAGGCUAAAGCUGGAGCUGGAAGACGUGGAACUGAAGCACAACUCUGCUAUAAAGCAACUAAUGAGGGAGUUUAACACACAAAUGGCUCUGAAAGAGAGAGAGCUCGACUCCUCUGUGAAAGAAACAAUAGCCAAGGCCCAGGCCGUCGAGGCUGAACUCAUCAGCAGCCAUCGAGAUGAAGCCAGCCAGCUGAAGAAGCUCAUUUCCCAGAAGGAAGACGAUUUGCAAAGAACUGUGCAGAAAUAUGAGCAGGUUAUACAGAAUCGCGAGGAGGAGAUGGGAGACAGAGUGUGGCAGGUUCAGAAACAGCUGGAAGAGUUCCAGUCACGCUGCGAGAGCGCCUCAGAGGCGACCCCUGAAGACCUGAAGGCUCAGCUCGCUGAGAAGACGACUCUUCUGAGCGAGGCUCGGCUGAAGGAGCAGGAGUUUGUUGAGAGAAUUCACUCACUUGAAGACAAGAUCAAAUUUCUCCACCGCAGCCCUGUUGUAACUCAUCUUGGUGGGACGUACAAAGAUCUUGGGAUAAAUACCUCAGAUUCUCUGUCGGAGUCUACAGAGAUGGAGUACCUGAGGAAGGUGCUGUUUGAAUACAUGAUGGGACGGGAAACAAAAACGAUGGCCAAAGUGAUUACCUCCAUGCUCAAGUUUCCUCCAGACCAAGCGCAAAAAGUUUUGGAUAAAGAAGACUCCAAACCAGUUCCAUGGCUACGAUGAGAUUCUAUUUGAUUUGGGAACUUCAUGAUGAACAUCUGCUGCUGAUGGGGAAGACUUUCAUGGAUUAUUUGAAGUCCUUCCCAAUGUAUCAUGUCUUUUUAUGUGUGUGUGUGUGUGCGUGUGUGUGUGUGUGUGUGAAAGGGUUGCGUGUUUGUGAGCACACACUGUAGGACAUCAGUGUGUGUGUGUGUGUGUGUGUGUGUGUGUGCGUGUGCGUGCGUGUGUGUGUGCGUGUGUGUGUGAAAAUCUAUAAAGGUUUGAGGGAAUAGAAACACAAAUCUUCCAUAAUCCACUUCUACUUCAAGAUUAAGUUAAAUUUAUGUUUUAAAUAAUGUUUUUGGGUUAUUUUAGGAUGUGUUUAUAUAAAGAAAGGCUUGUGCAAUAAAUAAUAUCAAACACUAAUGCUGACAGUCACUUGAUUUAUACGUUCCUGUGUAGUUCCUUCGUCUGAUUGGCUUCCUCAGUAAAGAUGUAAACGACCCUUUAACUGUGCACUCGUACCACAUGAAGGCGCUGGCCUUUGGACCCGGUUUGUUCAAUGCAGCAUUUUUUACGCUUUAUAUUUUGACACUGACUGAGACACUUCAAAACUGCACAACAUGUAAAUUGUAAAGAAAUAAAAGACUGUAACAUAGAGCCAUGACUUUGCUUUACAUUUUGAGGCUAACAAAUUAAAUCUUAUCUACAAAUCAGA